GAUGCCCCACCCCUUCCGCACUGGGAAAAACGAACCUCCAGAGCGUCUUCCGGCGGGAGCUGUGCGGCUCCUUAUCAUGGGGACAAUUCAUCUCUUUCGAAAACCACAAAGAUCUUUUUUUGGGAAGUUAUUACACGAAUUUAGACUUGUAGCAGCUGACCGAAGGUCCUGGAAGAUCCUGCUCUUUGGUGCGAUAAACUUGAUAUGUACUGGCUUCCUGCUUAUGUGGUGCAGUUCCACUAAUAGUAUAGCUUUAACUGCCUAUACCUACCUGACCAUUUUUGAUCUUUUUAGCUUAAUAACAUGUUUAAUAAGUUACUGGGUAAUGAUGAGGAAACCUAGCCCUGUCUAUUCAUUUGGGUUUGAGAGAUUAGAAGUCCUGGCUGUAUUUGCCUCCACCGUCUUGGCACAGUUGGGAGCCCUUUUUAUACUAAAAGAAAGUGCAGAACGCUUUUUGGAGCAGCCUGAGAUACACACGGGAAGAUUAUUAGUUGGUACUUUUGUGGCUCUUUCUUUCAACCUUUUCACGAUGCUUUCUAUUCGGAAUAAACCUUUUGCUUAUGUUUCUGAAGCUGCCAGUACAAGCUGGCUUCAAGAGCAUGUUGCGGAUCUGACUCGAAGCUUGUGUGGAAUUAUUCCAGGACUCAGCAGUAUCUUCCUUCCCCGAAUGAAUCCAUUUGUUUUGAUUGAUCUUGCUGGAGCAUUUGCUCUUUGUAUUACAUAUAUGCUGAUUGAAAUUAAUAAUUAUUUUGCUGUAGAUACGGCCUCUGCAAUAGCCAUUGCCCUGAUGACCUUUGGCACUAUGUACCCCAUGAGUGUGUACAGCGGGAAAGUUCUGCUCCAGACAACACCACCCCAUGUUAUUGGUCAGUUGGACAAACUUAUCAGAGAGGUGUCUACCUUGGAUGGAGUUUUAGAAGUCCGAAAUGAACAUUUUUGGACCCUUGGUUUUGGCUCAUUGGCUGGAUCAGUGCAUGUGCGAAUUCGGCGAGAUGCAAAUGAACAAAUGGUUCUUGCUCAUGUGACCAACAGACUGUACACCCUAGUGUCUACUCUGACUGUUCAGAUUUUUAAGGAUGAUUGGAUUCGGCCUGCCUUACUCUCUGGACCAGUUGCAGCCAAUGUCCUAAACCUUUCAGAUCAUCACAUAAUUCCAAUGCCUCUGUUAAAAGGUUCUGAUGACUUGAACCCUGUUACAUCAACUCCAGCCAAACCUAGUAGUCCACCUCCAGAAUUUUCAUUUAACACCCCUGGAAAAAAUGUGAACCCAGUUAUUCUUCUGAACACACAAACAAGGCCUUACGGUUUGGGUCUUAAUCAUGGACACACGUCCUAUAGCAACAUGCUUAAUCAAGGACUUGGAGUUCCAGGAAUUGGAGCAACUCAGGGGUUCAGGACUGGUUAUACCAAUAUGCCAAGUAGAUUUGGAACCAGUAAUAACAGAAUUGGACAACCAAGACCGUGAUGUACAGUAACUUGAUUUUUAUGAAGCAUAUUGACUCCUUGGUUCCACAUUAUUUAGUAGUCCAACUUUGCAUUGACUGUUCAGUCAUUUACGCAGAAUGGUAGAGACUAAUAGGUUUGUUCACGUUUCAUGAAAUCUAUAAACUCUAUUUUUGUAAAAUGUAUUUGCAGCAGUGAGAUCCUUGUAAGUGUUACAGGCUUUUAAGAGGCUUCCGUUAGAAAGUGUUUUUCUCUAAAUUUGAAGUUUGCUAUCUUUGUUUUUGCAGUUGACUGCGGUGCGAUAUGACCUUUCCUUUCUAAGAAAGGUACUUGGUAGAAUGAAUCUGUCACUAGAAUAGAAUAUUUUCUUCAGUGAAAUUUAUAAACAUACUUCUUAACUACUACACAUUUUAGGAACGGUAAAAAAUGUCCAUGCAAAAAGAAAAAGUCUCUUUUAUAGCUUUUCCAAAUUUAAAUGCUGCACUUUUCUUUGAGGUCCUUCUGAGUUAUAUCGUAAAAGCAAAAAUUUUUAUCAGAAAUUUUAGAAUAUAUUCUACUGUCUGGCACAAUAUAAUUUUUUAACUAUAGGAUUUUUGUUGAAGUUUUUUUUUAUUUAGAAAUUUCAAUACAUUUGUAAAUAGUCUAUGGUUCUCAGUGUUUUAGUUUGAUGAAAUGAAUACCAAAUAUUUGGUGAUACACAACAGGAGAAUCCCAGUUGUCUGUAUUCUACUUAUAAUCAAAUACUGACAUAAUGAUGGAAUUUUUCGGUCACAUUUUCGUUGGUUGACUUUUUAAUUUCUGAUUUAUUAACUAUAUAGAAUGUAUUACAAAAUUUCAUACAUACUGUGGCAUUUGAUAUAUUUUAAAGUUGCAUGACGAAUUGACUCCGUGUUAUAUAAUUUUACCAAAGCCUAAUGGACCUUACAUGAUAGAAUACGGUAUUGUUAGGUCUGCAGUGGGAAAUGUCCAGCUUUUUGUUUGAAUUAUUAACUGUAGUGAGGUGUGAGAAUCAUACGGGUUAUUUUAAUUUUCAGUUUCCCAAUGUGCACCUUAAGGACUUUCCAGCAAGCUCAGUCAUGGCCAACAGCAGUUGCUCGUGACCUGGAGGUUUUUGUCUCAUUUUAUCAUGAGUUCUCUAAUGACGGUUUUAAAAAAAGACUUUGAGAAUGGAUUCAAUGUUCUUAGAAUCUGGUAUUCCUGGAGAUUUCCGGUUUUCCCAGCCAUUACCCAGCGAUCUGGCGACUUGUUUUUCAAGAAUUUGCACCACCAGUCUCUUCAGUCAACUCCUCCUCUUUUAAAUAGGAGCGACACUCCCCAUCUUUCCACAGUGGAAUGGUGAGCGUCCCAGCAGCCAUCUCUGCCAAGCAGAGUCGGAGUCACCGGGGCUAACAAGGGGUCAUGUUCUGAGUACCUCUUGCUUAGUGAGGACUUGGUCAUUGUCUUGGCCGCCUGUGACCCUGUUCAGGCAUUUGGUCUACUGAGGAAAUACAGCCCGUGCUACCUGACAGCUGGGGAAAGAGACGUCAUAAAAUACUGUAAGGCCACCUGUUCUUUCUCCUUUGUUACAUUCUCCAAUGAUGACUUGCCCAUUAUUGCCUGCCGUUAAAGGAUGUUUUUCCUAAGUUAACCUCAUUUAAACGUGAUUUUUGGGCCAUGCACUGGGUGGUGAUUCACAGGUAUGUGCUGCCCUGCUGCAUAGCUUCUUCAUCCCUGUGGGAUUUUAAAGGGUGCAGUUGGUUCUGGAUCACAGAUCUGUACAGGGUUUAGUGGUACUUCCUCAAUAACCAUUCAAGGGCAGCACCUGCGCAGUUGUCCCACCAAAGGUGCUUUAACACCCACAUUCACUGCUUGAGAAAGGACACUGUGACUGGGGAGCAAUUGGCCCAGUAAUACAACCUCACAGGUGACAUUGGCUUAUGCAUUAAUUUAUAGAGAAUCUUACUUCCAGGCUCUGGCUAACUUCUGGAGCUGAAAAUAAGGAAUUGAGCUAGUGUAGCCUACAGGCAACACCCUUAGUAAAUCUUGCCACAGAAGCACCUGAAGCCAGACAAAGAAGUCUGAUUUAAAUAGAAAGGAUGGUUCAAAAGUUAGUGAAAAAUGAAAUUAUAACUAUUGGGUGCAAAAAAAUUUUUGAGACCCAUGCAUACUUGUACUUGGCCUGUGGUUUGUGAUUGAGAAUGAGCUGCAUGGAGUGUGAUUAGCCCUGGUGUAGGAAGUCGUUGUUGUAAUGGGAGAAAUUACUAGAAAGCAAGAGAUCUGGAUGCCAGUCCUGGUGCUGCCACUGUAUAAGUAGUCCUGUAACCAUGGACGAGGCAUUGAACUUCUCUGAGCUUUCCCAUCUGUAAAGUCGGGGAGGGGAAUGAAUUUGUUGCUCUUAAAAUAGCAACUCUGAAGUUGUGUGACUAAAUCUGCAGAAUAUGUGCCCAACUGGUAAACACAUUAGGCCAGAAUGUCCAGUGUUUCCUCAAUACAGAGGCUAAAUGUUGCCUACACCAACACCCAAGCCAUUAAUUCGAGGUGCCAUGGGACUAAGGUCAGAUACAGGCUAGCAUCGUUUAGAUCUUUGGUUUUUUUUUUUCAGACUCACCUCAAUUUAAAUAUGUUUUGUUUAGAGAGAUUUCUCUAAGACUUGUUUCUUUUGGGGGGAGAGCUAUUUUAGGGGUGCUCGAAGAAGAGAGCAGGGUAGCCUUCUCUUUUGUAGUGAACAAAAGAAUGGGAUACAUUUCUUAAUCCCCCCAAGUCAUGAUUGUCUGCUCCCUUUUUAAACAGCCAGUUGUUGGUUGAAUGAAGGAUGCCCACCCCGGGGGGGGGGGGGGGGGGAGUCCAGACUGCUUCUCGGAC